AUGAAGUGCUAUUUGCUUCUAUGUACCGUUGUGUGCGUUUUGAGUUCUGUGGCCGCGAGAUGUGUUAUGCGCGGCGAUUGUACGGAUACUAAUGGAAACAUUAAACCCUGUGCGGUUGACGAAGAACCAAAAUCGAUCCUGUCAAAUCUCACCUCCACGGACCGCGAUAGAAUCUUCGACCACCUCAUAAAGCGAUGUCCUCAUUUAGUUUACGAUGAAGAUGGAAAUCAAUUGGAAGACGACCAAAUACUAACGUGCUGUGAUCCAGUUCAAAUAGAAAGGUUCUCUCAAAGCAUGCUCAUGUCUGAUACCGUGCUGGGACGCUGUCCCGUGUGCUUAAAGAAUUUCGGGCGGCAAAUCUGCGAGUUGAAUUGUUCUCCAGACCAAGCUAGAUUCGUGAAUGUAAAUACUGAGAGGAAUAACGAAGGAACAGUGUUCGUGAAUGAAGUAAAUUACAGACUCCACCAUGAUUUCAUGAUAAAUGCAUUUCAGUCCUGCUCAGAGGUGGUCGUGCCACAAUCAGGAAUGCCUGCCAUCAACUUAAUGUGUGGGAACGCUCCUGUAUGCGAUGCUGAUGCUUGGUUGGGUUAUACAGGCGACCCUGAUAAUAAUCCCUUCGUUUCCCUUCGAGUCAACUUCCUAAGAGUCAAUAGUACAGAAGAUUCCAUGAACGUCCGGGCACCCCUAUGUGAAGAAACCCAAGAAGGAGAUUUACCUUGCAGCUGUAUGGAUUGCUCUGCAAACUGUCCCGCCGGUGAGAUAUAUGUUCCACCUAUAUGCACUGUGUUAUCUAUCAACUGCAUAAGUUUUUCUAUAGCUAUAACUUUUGGCGUGAUCAGUGUAACUGUUUUCGUGGUAUUGGCGCUAUUUGAAUAUAAAAGGAAAGCGCGGAACAUAAACAAGAAAGCGCCGAACGAAGUUAACGAAAUAAAUGCAAUAACCAGGGGUUUCCAGAGCAUCUUCGAAAAAAUUGGAAUAUUCAGCUCAAGCAAUCCAAUUAUGCUGUUUAUGUUUACAUCUUGGGUUGUUUUUGCAAUGAUCUUUGGUCUUGCGCAACUGCAGCUUACUUCCAACCCUUUGGAACUUUGGUCAGACCCCAAUUCUGUUUCUCGUAUAAAUUUGAACUAUUUCAAUUCGAGAUUUGGACCGUUUUACAGAGCAGCUCAAAUAUAUUUGACAAUGAAAGGCUUGGAGCCGUUUCAAGUUGGCAAUAAAACGUAUGGACCGGCUUUUAGAGUUGAAGCUAUAGAGGAAUUAAUAAAAUUGGAAGACGCAAUCAUGAAUAUCGGAAGGGAUGUGGAAGGGGCCGUCAGAUUGGAAAAUGUUUGCUAUGCACCACUAAGAAAACGCGGCGAUGAACAAAAAAUAACAGAUUGUGUAUCUAUGUCUGUAUCCGCGUACAUCCCAGGCCGAGUGGUAAACAACAAUACAUACUUAUCGAGUAUACAAAACUGUUUAAACAAUUAUCUCUCGCUAAGUUGUUUACAAUCGUGGGGAGGAGGCGCGGAUCCUGAGCUAGCUCUUGGUGGUUUCGUAGAUAAAAAUUAUUUUGAUGCACAUACACUUCUAAUCAAUUUUCCGAUAUCAAAUCAUUUGCUAAAACAGGAUUUAAAACCAGUACUGGAGUGGGAACAGAAAUUUAUAGAUUUAAUGCACGAUUACGAACAAAAUUGGAAGUCUGACUUCGUCGACGUUGCUUUUGCUGCAGAGAGAUCAAUCGAAGAUGAAAUAACAAGGAUUUCUCAGGCGGAAAUUGUACCCGUAGCUAUCAGUUACGUUCUUAUGUUUCUAUAUGUUAUAUUCGCUCUCGGAAACCUAAGGAGAUUGAAAACGUUUUUCCUUGAUAGUAAAAUAACUGUAGCUAUUACAAGUAUCGUAGUUGUUCUAUUAGCAAUAUUUUGUGCAAUGGGCCUAUUGGGUUAUAUAAAAGUUACUGUAACUCUACUCGCGAUCAAUGUCAUUCCAUUCUUUAUUCUGUCGGUGGGAAUAGAUAAUGUUUUCUUAAUGAUAAAUUCCUUACACUACAUUCAAACAAAUCUAGAUAAGUUUGAAGAUUACAAAGAGGAUAUGAGUUUUGACAAAAAACGUAGUUAUAUUUUUGGUAAAAUGAUGAAGAAUGAGGGCCCCUCCAUGUUCGUCUCAUCCUUAACACAAAUCACCUGUUUCGCUAUAGGGAGCAUUGCGAAUUUUCCAGCCGUAAGAUCGUUUGCUAUAUUUGCUUCGGUGUCUUUGGCAUUUCUGUUCGUCUUCCAAAUAACAGCGAUAAUCGGUAUCUUAUCACUCGAUUACAAGCGGUCGAUUCAGAAUCGAUUCGAUCUAUUGUGCUGCGUUCAACGCAAAAUUCUUAAUGACGAGGAUCCUUUACACUCUGAAACACCUUACGAAAGCGUGACACAAAAGCUCAUGGAACCCUACUCAAAGUUUAUCCUAAAUUGGCGUGUCAAAGUUAUUGUUGCUAUAAUAUUUAUGGUCUUCUUGUCAUGCUGUGUAGUUAUGAUUCCACAUAUAGAAGUAGGCUUAGAUCAAAACCUUGCAUUGCCGACAGAUUCCUAUGUAUAUAAAUACCUCAAUGCUGUGAACGAAAUAUUACAGCUUGGACCUCCAGUGUUCUUUGUAUUGAAAAGCGGUCUGAAUUUCUCUAAUCCGGAACACCAGAAUGUCAUAUGUGGUGGUCAAAUGUGCCGUGAUGAUUCCUUAACUAUGCAGUUGUUCUUGGCCGCUCAACAGAAAGACACCACAUAUAUGGGAAGAAUGUCUAACUCGUGGCUCGAUGACUUCUUCGAUUGGGCAAGUUCACCCAACUUAUGUUGCAAAUACAACACGACAGAUGGCAGUUUUUGUCCCAGUACUGCCACAGAAUCUGAAUGUGAGUUCUGCACUAUACCCAGAAGUGAAUAUGCUAAUGGCUUGCGUCCAGGCAGCGAAGGCUUCGAUCGAUAUUUUCCCUUCUUCUUACAAGAUGCUCCAACUGACACGUGCAAUAAAGGUGGUCUUGCCAGUUAUUACUCCAAUGUCAAUUACGUGCUAGAUUCUGAAGGACGAGCGACGGUCCACGACACCAACUUCAUGGCUUAUCACACUUCUUUGAAGACAUCGCACGAUUAUAUAUCCGCCGUGAAGUACGGUUAUGAAAUUAGUGAAAAUAUCACACAUGCCAUUAAAAAACACACAGGCCAAGACGUCGAAGUGUUCGCUUAUUCAGUUUUCUAUGUGUUUUAUUCGCAAUAUUUGACGGCCUGGGGAGACACGUUUGUUUCUUUAGGAUAUUGUCUUCUUGGGGCAUUUGUUAUUAAUCUACUUGCUACUGGGUUUAAUUUCAUGACGACGAUAGCGAUGAUGUUCACAGUGGUGAUGGUGGUACUGGAUAUGAUGGGGAUAAUGUACAUGUGGAAUAUACAAUUAAAUGCCGUGUCUUGUACGAAUCUGAUUGUAGCUAUCGGUAUAACGGUUGAAUUUUGCAGUCAUCUGGCAUAUGCUUAUAAUACCAGUAGUCGUCCACCGUCCGAAAGAGUCGCAGACGCAAUUGUCAAAGUCGGAGCAACAAUUAUUACGGGGAUAACAUUUACAAAUAUACCCAUUGUUGUUUUAGCCUUUUCGUAUACUGAAAUUAUUGAAGUUUUCUUCUUCAGAAUGUUAUUCAGCUUAGUAAUAUUAGGUUUCCUUCAUGGCUUUGUAUUUUUCCCGGUUCUUUUGAGCUAUUUGAACAAUUUAAAAUACAAAAUCUAA